CUACAUUUGUGUGAUUAAAUCUUAGUUUGUGGCUGUCGGUAAAAUUGUGAUUUAUUUAUAUAAAAAAAUUGAAAAUAUGAAUCAAAAGUGAUAAUCAGAUUAAUUAUAAUUAACUGGCAACAAUGGCUGUAGCAUUUUGUGGUAGAAAAUUAUUUUUAACAAGGGCAAACAUUUUUAAAACACCAACAAGAAAUAGUUAUAUUGUCUUGCUACCUGAAAUUGGUGAAGAUUUACAGGAAAAAAAUCCACUUUACUCUGAGGAAACAAAAUUACCAGAUUUUAAGAAAGUGACAUUUGAAAGAUGUUUAGCAGCUGUUAAUAAACAAUCUGUCGAAUUUGAACAAAAUUUAAUGUCUUUGGAAAAAGACAUUGAAAAAAAUGAGAAUUUUAAUAUUUUUACGGAUUUAAUAAAUCCUAUUGAAGAAUAUCAACUUCCAUUGGAAUCAACUUGGGGUGUCACUAGAGCUUUAUUUGUUGGUGAUAAACGUUAUAUGCCUGGAAAAUGUUUUUCGAAUAUAAGUAGACGUAUUGGUUCUGCCAUGAGUUAUAAAUAUUGUAACAAACAAAUUCAUGAGGCAUGUAAAAAAUCAUUAGAAAACAAAAAUAAUCAAUGGACAACAGAACAGGAAAGACUAAUCAGUAAAUUUAUUUUGGAAGGCAAACUCAAUGGUUUAGAUUUAAAGUUAAAAAGAUCUCAAGAGUUAGUUACAUAUUAUUCUGAUAAAACAGUAAAAGAACAAAGUUUAUUUGCAGGCAAACUCGAGGCAAAAACAAUAGCGUAUUCUUUAAUAGUCAGGGAUUCUAGUGUAAUGAAAGAUUUUCCUGAAUAUUUUUUGAAAUUAGUGACAGCUGAUCCAUUAAAUCCUCAUAGAGGUCCGUGGGUUAUUAAUUUACGUCCUCAUAUCGUCUCAACAUUUUUGGAAUACUGUUCGGAUCGAGUUUUAAGGAAACAAAUUUGGAGAGAAGAUGUAUUGAAAUGUUCUUUAUAUGGAGAACGAGAAGUGCAAAACAGCACUACACUUGAAAAUAUAAGAGAUUUUCGAAAUGAAAUUGCACAACUUUUAAAUUAUAAAUCAUAUGCCGAUAUGUCUAUGGAAACAAAAAUGGCUGGUACUGUUCAGAAUGUUUACGACUUUUUUGAUACAUUACUUGUAGAAGCUCGACCAGCUCAAGAGCGUGAAAUGGAAGAAUUAAAUAAAUUUGCACAAGAAAGAGGAUUCGAUGAUACGAUAAAGCAGUGGGACAUUCCUUAUUGGUCACGAAAGCAACAACGAGCUCUAUAUCAGUAUGAAGAGAAGGUUAUUCAAGAAUAUUUUGCGUUGCCAAAAGUUUUGGAAUCAAUAUUUAAGCUGUCGGAAAAUAUUUUUAACAUAAAAAUAGACGAGUAUUAUAAUCCAAAUGUUUGGCACGAAGAUGUUCGUCUAUUCAAUAUUUAUGAUUUGGAUUGUUCGAGUACAGAACCAGUAGCCAAAUUUUAUUUGGAUCCCUAUAUCCGAGAACAUAAAAUAAAAAGCAAUUCACAUGAAGGUUAUAUGAUUCCAAUGAGGGGAAGAAGUAAAAUUUGUGACACAGAACCAUUGGCAGCUUUAAUAUUUAAUUUUGUUCCUUCAACUUCGGAUAAACCUUCGCUUUUGACGUUUGAUGACGUGGUGGAAUUAUUUGAAAAAUUUGGCAAGGCAUUUCAUCAUCUUUUAACGAAAACAAAUUAUCUCGAAUUGGCUGGUUUGUCAAAUGUUGAAUGGGAUGCAUCCAAUAUUAGUGGUCAUUUUAUGACCAAUUGGGUUUACGAAUCGUCUGUUUUAUCAGAAAUGUCCAAACAUUAUAAAACUGGAGAGCCUUUGUCAUCAGAAAUGAUAGAGAAUCUCAAAAAUAAGAGGACUUUUAUGGCUGGUUAUAAACUUUGUAAAAAACUUUAUAUAUCACGAUUCGAUAUGUUGUUAUAUUCAACAGAUGAAUUUUGGGUACCAAUAAUGAAACGAUUGUGGAAACAACAUUUUGUCAUCCCAGAAUUUAAAGAAGAUUCACAUAUUUGUUCAUUUAGUCCCAUAUUCAGUGGAAAUUUUGGAUCAGCUUAUUACACUGAAUUAUGGUCAGAAAUGCUUGGUGCCGAUGCAUUUAGCGCAUUUCAAGAAAUUCCUUUAGGCGACGAAGCUCAACAAAAAUUAAUUGGACGUAGAUAUAAAGACACUUUUCUUGCUUCAGGAGGUAGUUGUUCAUCGAAUGAAUUAUUUAGAAGAUUUAGGGGAAGAGAUCCCAGUGUAAAAGCACUUUUGAAAAAUUUAGGAUUAAAAGCUAAUCCCGAGAACCAGAUCAAUGCUUAAAUAUUGUAGAUAAAAAUUAUUGUUUUUGCUACAAAAAAAUUUAUAGUUUUUUUUUUUUAUUUUUUUUUU